CCCGUUUACACGCACACGAUGGAAGUAUAUAUAGCAUUAAUAGGAAUCAUAAUUUCUUUACUAUACUUUUAUAUUAAACACACGCUUAGCUAUUGGAAACGCCGCAAAAUACCACACGAGACACCACAUUUCCCGCUGGGUAAUUUAAAGGAAUGGCGGAAAACAAAGCACUUGGUAGAAAUUUUAAAUCCCAUCUACGCAAAAUAUAAAGGCACAAGCCCAUAUGUGGGUUUCUAUUUCUUAAUGAGACCCACUAUUAUUGCAUUGGACCUCAAUUUCAUUAAAAAUAUUUUAAUCAAAGAUUUCGAUAAAUUUGACGAUCGCGGUAUGUUUAAUAAUGAAGAUGUUGACAUACUCUCCGGACACUUAUUUCGACUAGAUGGGCAUAAAUGGCGUCCAUUGCGACAUAAAUUAACCCCCACUUUCACCUCAGGAAAGAUGAAGUUUAUGUUUCCGACCGUUGUUAGUGUAGGUGCAACGCUCGUAAAAGUAUUUGAAGAAAAUUGUCUAACUGCAAAGGAUGGUAUCUUAGAAAUCACAGAUAUUGUUGGACGUUUCACAGCAGAUGUCAUUGGUACGUGUGCAUUCGGUUUGGAAUGCAAUAGUCUCUGCAAUCCCAAUGCUGAAUUUUGUGUAUAUGGCAAACGUUCAUUUAUUGAUCACCAUCAUGGCAAAUUGAUUGAUGGCUUCAUCGAGGCCUUCCCAUCCUUAGCACAUAAACUGCAUAUGCGACAAACACAUACGGAUCUAGAAAAAUUUUAUACACGCAUUGUAAAAGAAACAGUGGAGUAUCGUGAAAAAAAUAAAAUUGAAAGAAAUGAUUUUAUGCAUUUAUUAAUUGAAAUGAAAAAUUCACAAGAAAAUGGUAUAACCCUGAAUGAGAUAAUUGCACAGUCAUUUGUAUUCUUUGUUGCCGGUUACGAAACAUCUUCAACAACAAUGGCAUUUGCCCUUUACGAAUUGGCACAACAUCAGGACAUCCAAGAAAAAAUGAGAACUGAAAUCUCUGAAGUAUUGAAGCGACAUAACAAUGAAUUUACUUAUGAAUUCAUAAAUGAACUUAAAUAUGUUAAACAAGUUAUGUAUGAGACUUUACGUAAAUAUCCCAUUUUACCACACCUAAGACGUAGAUCGAAUGCACACUAUACCAUGGCUGACUCAAAAUAUGACAUUGAAGUUGAUACAAAAAUUAUAAUCCCUAUAUAUGCUAUACAUUAUGAUCCUGACAUUUAUCCAGAACCGCACAAAUUUAUACCUGAACGUUUUUCUGAUGAGGAAAUACGUAAACGUCCUGCAUGUUCCUGGCUUCCUUUUGGAGAAGGUCCAAGAAAUUGUAUUGGUUUACGAUUUGGGAAAAUGCAAACUUCUAUUGGACUUGCGUACUUGAUAAAAAAUUUUAAAUUUAGUUUAUGCAAUGAAACGCCGAAGGAAUUAAAGUGGGAUUUAUCCAAUCUUCUAUUAAGUUUUGUCAAUGGUUUAUAUCUCAAAGUGGAGAGAAUAAAUGAAAACUAAACAGAAAUUAAUAUUUGUUUCAAAUUUUAUGUAUAUAAAAAAGUACAUGUUUUAACAAAACUCAGUGCAAAUAUUUUUAUGAAAUAGUGAAAACUUGAUGAAUGAACUAAACUUCAGAAUGAAGAUCUACGUACGCCUCUUGUGGAAAUUAAUAAAAAUUAGAAGAAGAUUUAUAUGAAAGUGAGAAACAUUCAACUCCUUUGGAAAAUUUUAGUGCAUAAAAAGAAAUCUAUGAGGAAUCCAAUAUUCAGGAAAUCACUUUUAUAUAUUUUUAUAAAUUAACCAGUGUUAAUAAAUUCUAGUAUCAGUACAUACUGCACCAAAUCAAUGGUACCGAGAUAUAUUCCAUUUGAACUGACUUAUAAACAACAGAUAUUUUAAUAAAAACUUCAAAUGAAUAAAAAAUAAAUAGAUAAAUAAAAUAGAAGGUAAUGCAAAAAUACUAUAAAUAUCAGUAUUUGUCUAAACAGAACUUCACACCGACGCACAGUGCACAGUACAUUAUAAGGAUGAAAUAUUUCAAUAUUUAUAUUAUAACCAGAUGACAUAGU